GCGGAUGUUUUGAAACAUGUUCGGACAGCACGAAUUUUAUCAAAAAUGACAACAAACCUAAGACAAGAUAUUAAUUUUCAAGCUUUAUUUAAAAAAUUAGGUCAUGAUUUGGAGGAGAUCAGAAUUCGUGCCCUUGAAAAUUUACUGUCUAAAUUAGAACAUAAAUUAAUUUGUGAUGCAGACCUGAUCCAUGAACGUCAUCUCCUGAUUAGAAUAGUGGAAUGGUUUAAUUUUCCAAACAGUACAAGUAAUGCAGAUGUCCUUAAACUUUUACUCAGACUGACACAGCAUUCCCCUGCUGCUGAAAUUCUUCAGGAUAUUGGCGGAAUUGAAUUUUUGAGUCAGUUGAGAAAAGAUGUUUCCAGCUCUCUACAGCCUUUAAUUGACCAGAUUUUAGAGAAUACCAUGAGACUGCCAGAAAUAAAACAUCAGGACCAUGCACCAGAAUGCAUUUACCAAAAACAGGAAAACCAGACAGGAUUUAAAGCCGAAACAACAGUAGACACACUACAAUCCUCCCUACCUCCUGCCAAUCAAGACACACCCUAUAUAGCUGGAACCAGGGAUGAUAAUGUUGGUUAUUUUAACAGAGAUGCUAUAGAAUCAGUGCAACAACAGCAGCAGUAUCAACAAAACAAUGAAACAGCUAGUAGUUUUAUUUUGACAACCUUCCCAUGGUUGGCUCUCACAUCAACCGACAGACAUGUCAUCUUAUCAACAAACUCAUCCUUACAGAGCAGAGAGUCACAUUUGUUAGCAAGUUCCUGUGAAUUUUUAAGUGAUGUUGUCUUUAGAGAUUUUCCUUCUGAGAUAUUUUUACAAAGACCAAAUAUAGUAAAGAAUUUACUUUCACUACUUGGAUCAACAUCUAAUCAGAAUGUACAGCUAACGAUACAUGCUGCCAAAACACUGGGAGAUCUGGCAGCUUGUUUAAUGUCACGCAUAAGAUAUUACCAAGAUCCGUCAUUAUAUACGCCAAAACAAGAUUUCUGUUCACCAAGUUCAUCACCAUUUUCGAAUUCGCCGAGUUCAUUAUCAAAUCAUUCUGCACCUCCAGACAGAAAUUCAUUUGCUGGUUGGACAGAUCCAAGACCCAGAGGUGAUGGGAGAGAUGGUGACUCAUCCACAUCUAGCAGAUCUUCAUCUCGAGCUUCCAGUUUAGAUUUAGGCGGUGACAUUGUACAACAAGAAGAAACAGAUUUAGAGGACAUGCAGUCAUUACAAUACGUUCAGAUGACAGUUCCCCAGUUUUGUGGCUGUGUUUUAGACAAAGCUCUGCCACUUCUGAAGACAGGCAAUGAAAAUGUUGUUACACAAUUAUUAUAUCUUGUUAAUCAGAUAUUAGAUAUUUUAUCAUCUGUUAUUACAUUGGAAGUGUGGAAUGAUGUGUCAUCUCCUGCCAGAGAAAUUGUGGAAAAACUAUCUAACAGUUUUGAGACUCUUGGAAAUUUGAUUUUAUAUCAUCACUAUCGUAAUAAUGACCAUGACAAUGAAAGCAAUGACCUUAUUCAACACAGAUUGGCAUAUAUUGGAAUCUGUUGUUUCCUUGCCAGGCUACUCCAGGAAUUUGUUCCAUAUAAAAUGGCAAGAAAUAUACUUCCAACACAGCUUGUAUCAGCUAUAGGAAUAGUUGUGUUUGAUGAGGGGCUUUCUCAAAGUUAUUCUGAUGUACAGAUAAAGCUGCUGGCUUACUUAGAACAAGUAGAUAGAGAGAAAUACAAUGUUUAUGUCUCAGCUUCAAGAGUGUGUCAAUCAAUGCAGAAAACAUGUAAAUUCCUAAUGCUUUGUCAACAAGAGGCUUACCAAGGAAGUUGUGAGUUGGCAGAGUUAGCAGAUGAAUCUAUACACAGUCUACCUUACCAUCUACAUCUUACCCUGGUAUCAGAGUUUGUUAAAUUAUCAUCGUCUGUUUGUGCUAGAUCAGAAAAAAAUACAGAUCUCCAGAUAAACUGUAGAAGUGUUCUUUUGAGGUUUUUAGCUCAUCCUCUGCCCAAAGUUAGACUUCAAACAUACAGUACGAUCUUCCAAGUCAUAAAGGGUUGUUUAAGUGUAGAUGAAGCAUCUGACCCUAAUUCUGAUGCCUGUAUGUUGUCAAGGUUUCUACUGGAUCCUGAUAUACUGUAUGAAAUCUCAGUGUUUGGUCUCAAUGAUAAAGAUACAAAGGUAUCUAAGACAUCUAAUGAUUUAGUAUGCCAUCUGCUGGACAGUCAGUUAUUUAUGACAGAAGAAUUAUGGACAGAGUUCUUGACCAAUUUACACAAGUCAUUACCCAUCAUACAGUCCUAUGCUGAUAGUGACAGUACUUUGGGUAAAUGUAUAAUGUCCAUGAUAGAUCCUUUGAUCUCAACAUGUCCUGGACAACUGCCAUACCUGGAAAAACUUAGAGGCACCUUAAGGGUCAUGUUUACAUCGGACAUAAGGUGUAGAGCUGAAGCUUUGAAGAGAUUAGCCUGGUUCCUAUCCAAUGAAGAGAAUAGCCAGAACAAACAACCAGCAUUUUCCUCUUUAGAUGUAGCUAAUCUUACCAAUAUAUUUAUUGUGGAAACACAAAGAUCUUUAGAUGAAGACUAUGGUCGAUCUGUCUUCCAGGUUGAUGGUUUAAGAAAGGUUUAUGAGAUAUUUAAGUCAGAUUCAGUUGACCCUGGAGUGAAGAAAUCUGCAGUAGACCAGCUUGCCAUUAUAUUACAAGACCAUAACUUACAUUCUCCAUUCAAAAAUGAUGGAGGAGUAAAGGAAAUUAUAAAAUAUAUAAAACUGGGUAUAAUGAAACCAGAUGAAAAUACAAAGAAUGAAAGCCUGCCAUUUGUUCCAUCCUGUGUAACAGUAUUGAGAUAUCUUGUACAUCAUGAUUAUGUUCUUAGACACAAGUUGGCUCAUGACACAGAAAUAUAUAUGAAUCUACUUAGAGUUGCCUUCCUCAAUCAGAACGAUGAGAGACUAUGUUAUGAUGUGGCACAUCUGUUUGUUCUGUUUCUGUUUGAUGAAGUGGCCAAAUUUGAUCUUGGAGGUGGCCAAACUCCAGUGGUAACAUUUUCUAUUCCACAUGUGCUUAAGAAAAGAUUUAGACAGCCAUUCAGACCAAACUGCCAUCAUGAAACAAGUCCCAAUGUAACUCCUCUUGCUUCAGAACCAGAUCCUUUACUGAGUGAUGCUCCUGCAGAAAUGUUGAAAGUAGCAUGGCAUGUAUCAUGGCACAAUGGGAUGGAAAAUCUGCUUAAAAAUUUGAGGCAAAACAAAAAUAAAUCUGAUGGAAAUUUACCAGAGUUUUCUGCAAAACUGCAUCUAAGUUAUAAAGACAAAAUGUUAUUGCAAGCCAGUCAUCUGAAAGAAGGACUACAGCAGGCAAUAUACACUGUAUGCAAUGCCACAUCCCACAGUGGUGUCAGUCAGUCGUUACAUCGUCUGCUCAGCUAUAUAAUGGCAGCAUUUGGUUUUGGUGGAUCAGACAUGUUCUUUUCCAUGGAAUGGUUCAAUAGUAUUGGAAGGUUUUUGAAAGUCACACCUUCAAAUACUACUGAUGAAUCCUUGUUGCAAGAAGUUUUAAGCUUUGUUUCCAUGGCGUUAAGAAUGGCCAAUCAGAUACCAGAUAACACUUUACAGUUGAUAGGAGAAUUGUUGUAUCAAACAUCAGGCCCUCUGAUUGGGUUGUUACACAGAGCAGCAGUCAGAGGAGAAACUAGAGAUGUUCCUGAAAAUGUCAACAUUAAGAGAACCCUUGACAAAGAACUUCUCUCAUUCAUAUCAACAUACAACAGCAAACUACCAUAUUUGUUAUGUAGAAGGUUAAAAAUCCAACAGUUAAGAGGAGACCUAGUGAAUCAGUUAGUACAGAGGUUAAAUGUUACAGAUGCUCCACAUUUUUACAAUCUUGCCUCCCUUGAAGGAACUCUUCAGUGUUUAAUGCAUAUCACUGCAAGACCUGGUUGGAGCCAAGAAAGUACAGAUUUAGAGAGUUACACAUUGUGUGUUAGAGUACUGAACUGUUUAUUGGAGGUAGUAUCAGCAUUCCACAUUGGUCGUGGUGGUACAUCUAUGUCAUACAUGGGGAAAGGUGUUACCAAAGCAGCUACACUAUGUUUGAGACAUUUGUCAUAUGAAAUGGCUACACUCUCAGAGGAUAAGGAUUGGCCUAAACAGUGGGGUCACAAACAAAACCGAACAGGAUCAAGUGGUUUAGAGAAUGGACUUAACUGGAUGUUAACACUCUGGGCAUAUAGAGACCCUGAGGUGAGGACAGCAGGUCUUGGUAUAGCUGUGGCUUUGACCUCUACAGAAGCAGGAAGAAUAAUGAUGACCUUGAACUGUAAACAUAUCCCAGGAGGCAUCUGGGGAGCAGCUUUAAGUAUACUCCUGGACCAUACAGAAUGCAGCAUGGUCAGACAACAGGCAGCAUUACUGUUGGUGAACUUGACUUCACAGAGUAUGCCUUGUGGGACAGUAGAAUUACAAAGUGAUGCAUGGCAGGGACCUAUUGUUACUGAUACUGAAUUUGAGGUAUCAUUGGUAGGACUGAGUGCACUGUUAGCCCUACUUCACCAUAGUCAGUUUUAUUCUGAAGUGUUAGUGAUGUUAUCUAACUUCUAUGCACAACCAGUCAUCCAGCCAGAUAUUUGGAUGCAGACAUCUCAACAAAGUCCAAGAAGUUCUGAAUCCACUUUUUCCUCUGUUGGUGAUGUUUUGUCUGACAGUCAACAACACAGUAGUACACAGUUCACAGACAGAAGACAACUCACCAUGUCAACAACAAGUAGUAGCAGAACUCAACAUAGUGCUCAUGUUCAACAGGGUGACAGUACUGCCAGUUCAAUAGUUCAGGGAGAUGUAGAAUAUCCAAUCAUUGUUACACCAUCUCUUGUGUCAUCUGUGUGUCAAUUCAUCAAAAACAUUGUAGUAUUGGCGCCACAGGAUACUUUUACCUGUUUAAAGAAAGACAAUUUUAUACAGAUAUUUACUAACUUAAUAAAUACCAACCUUUUAGAGGCCUACAUGAAAGAGAUGGAGGAGAGUUGUUUAGAUCAGUAUGAAUUAGUAUUCUGUGACCUACUUCAAAUGUAUGCCAGUGUAUUAGACUUGCUCAGAGCAUGUGUUAUCUAUGACACACCCAUUAGACAAGAUAUACUCAGUAACAACAAUUUUCUACUGGCUACCCUGUCAUUGCUGACCAUUACAUACUCAGGAUCUACAGAUGUGACUUCCACUUGUCAUGAAUUGUGGAUAUCAGUUUUCCAAUUCCUGUCUAUGCUGUUACAGGUCCAGGGAGCCUCAGCGCUGGAGUCCAUUACACAGGCUGUACCUAAUGUAUGGGAUCCACUUUCAGAGAAUGUUCAGAAGAUAUUAGAUGAGAGACUGGACUACAGCAGGAAUUUGUACAUCACAUGUUUACAGUUUCUUUCUGUUCUCUUCAGUGAAGAGGGAAAACUUCAGGGGAGACAACCAGAGUUGUCCAAGUCAACACUAACUAUUACUCAACUGUUAAAUGAAAAAGUUAAUCCAGAUUCUGAAGAUAAGGAUGAAGUUUCUAUAACAACAGGGUGUCGUCUCUGUAAAGCUUUGACUAAAGUGUUUGACUAUUCUAUACUGAAAUCUAACGAUUACAAAAGUCCAGAUAGAAUACAUUCUGCGACAGCUCUCCGGAACCUUCUGGCUAUAUGUGUCACCGCCAAAAGUACUGCUCUUGAUAUGGGUUUGGUAGAGAACAUUAUAGAACAUGUAAAACAGACACAUGCCAAAUUAAACCUAGAAUCUCUACAAAUUAAUAAAGCGAACAAAAAGAAGGAAGAAUCUCAUGUACAGGAACUAAUUUUGACCUUUGACCUGCUACGCAACUUUAUAUUCAAGAGUUUAGAUGCUAAGAUGGCCUGUUUUUACAGUGGACUACACAACAUGGUGCACAGAUUAUGGACCUGGUGCUUAUUGGACUCCAAUCUUUUGUCAUCAUCUUUAGCACUGCUGACAACUUUUGUCGCUAAGUGUCCAACGGCCACAAGUUCAUUGGCAUACUCUAGUCCUUCUGCAACUACAGUUACUACAGCUCCUAAGACACAACAACUAAGUACAAACUCAUUGGUCCAUUGUCUGAUCAAACUAGUAUCUAAAGAUAACAUGAAGGAAUCGCAACUCAAAAUGGUCUUCUCCUUACUGGCCACGCUGACUUUGUCAUCAGAGUGUAGGAAUAUCAUGUUUAAGAGUAAUUUCUUAAGUGAAUUUGCUGAGAUGAACCCUAGAAAGACCAAGAAAACCAAAAAACAACAGUUUCUAGAAGUCUGUUGGUUAGAACUGCUUCUUAAUUUAUCUUUUUCCGUUGAAGGACAACAAAUGAUCUUGAAAAUAAAAGAAUCAGUAGAUUUAUUACUAGACUUUAUGGAAUGUAGUCAGGGAAAACCAGCAGAAGUAUCAACACUUAUUAUCAGAAACUUGUGUUGUCAUUCCAGUAAUAAACCAAAACUUUUAGCCAAUGAUAAAUUAUUACCAGAAAUAAUGAAAUGUGUAGAUGGUGGAAUAGAUCCCUUACAGAGAGUUGCCAUUUCAGCCCUCUGGGCACUUGUGUACAAUAACCAAAAGGCCAAAGUUAUGAUGAAGAAUGCCAAUUUGUUACCCAAACUUCAGGAGAAGAUGAAUAAUAUGUAUAACCAACAGGCAUUACCAGAAAAAUGUUUAACAGACUUACAGUGUGUCAUAGAAGCUGUGUCAGAAUAACAUUGGGACAACUUUAUGUUUUUAAAAAUAUUCAUUACAACAGAAAUAUUGAUGUGUUAACCUAUUUUUAUGCAAGUGGUUAUUUUCAGUUUCAGUUUAUCUAAGUAGUUGGUCUAGUAACUGCUAGAUUUGGACUCUACGAAAGACUUUGGGUAAAAAAUGUUCCUCAAAGUUUUCUAUGAAAAAGGAAUGAUUUUAUAUUUGGUCUUCAUCAUGAUAAUGUGUAGCUGAGGUGUAUAAGCAAUUUUCACAUCUGCCAUUCAGCCACUUCCUGUUUGUCAAUAGUUUAAAAUUUUACACUACUUGUUGUACAAGGAAAACUUCCAUCAAAAUUUUCUUGGCUUCAAUGACUUUAGGGAAUGAUCAGUUAUGCUUCAGUAUACAUGUUACCUCAAUAAAUUGCAUGCAGCAAUGCAGGUCAAAACAGGGUAUUGGUUUUAUAUAAAUUUAAACAAAUUAGAAAGUGGGACUGAGUUAAUCUGAAGAUAAAAUCAUACCAAAUUAGCUGUUUCACUUGAGAACAUUGAUUUCAAUAUCUCUUAGUUGUUUAAGAAAUAGCUUUGGAUGGGAAUUAAAUUUAACUGACCAUUUGCACAAAAAUUGGAAUAACACAUAAGUGUUUUAGUUGUUGAAUUAAUUUUUUGAAUUGUCUUCAAAGAUUGGUUCCUCACUAGGAUUUCUUUUUCAUACUAGUAGAUUUUAAAGUCAGCUAAUCUUCUAUUAUCUAUAUAUUAUAGAGGAUGGUGCUGCCUACUGAUUUAUGAAUAUUCAUAAGUGAUAAAUGUCAAGUCUGAUGGCAGGUGGGUACGACUCCAAUCUAAAUUGACUAGUUUUGUCAUGGUUCUCUACGGGCACUCCAGCUUCCUCCACCAAUAAAAACUGUCUGCAACGAAAUCACCAAUAGUGCUGAAAGUGGCAUUAAACACCAAAUAAUCAAUAAAGUCUGAUUAAGCAUUUUCAUUUAUCAAUGAUGCAUACAAUCAACAAAUAUUUUGAAACCAGGCUUUUUGAUUUUGUCCAGUUGUUUUGAAUUAUUGAGAAUAAGGAUUUUUUUUUCUCUCCCAAGAACGUUUUAUGUUGUGUUGUUCAGCAUAUGAAAUUAAUUGAAUUAAACUAUUUCUGUAUCACUUAUGUUAACUAUACCGUCCAAUUACUUAUUUAUAAACUUUUGUAAUGUUAUAGAAUUAUUUUAUAUUUAUUUGUAUAUUAUAUAUGU